AUGGGAUUUUACAGUGACUUUAUGCUUGUGCCUACUGGCCCCACAACUACGACUGCCACCAGUUCGCUUGUCAACAUCAACAACCUGGAUCAAUACAACCUCAACGACAACAUCAAUAAUCCCUACCAGACUCCUAUUUGGAAUGAUUUGGUACCAGCUGGACAAGGCCUCAACCGCCAUGGAGUGUUCGACCACAUCUCCUCGUCAGGAGAAGUCUCUCCUUCUCCUGCACUUCCUCUGAAUUUUGCAAGGUCUCGCGAACCGGUCUUCGAGCUUGGAGACGAUUUGCCCCACACGGCCAAGCGCAUGAAGGUCUGCAUCAAAGAAGCAUGUGACCAAGCUGGUCUCGGUGAGGAGGAAAGGCUGCCUGCCCAGAAGUUUUCAAAGCUGCACCAACAUCAACACGACACUCUCCUUUUCAUCAAGCUUCAGAGUAUUGAGAAAUGA